AUGUUGAACAACCAAGGAAUGUUGAACAUAAUGCCGAUCAAUUCAGAGACCAAAGAUGUCCAGACUGAUGACUGGACACAAGAAAAAUGUGUCAACACUAAUGACAACUGGGAACAUUUAAUGCGUGUCCUGGUGGAACAGAACAAUGAGCUGACAGAGGAGUGCGAGUCUCUACAGAAACAGCAGGCUGACGAAGAGUCUGAAUACAAGAGUCAGAUAGAAAAUUUGAAGAAGUUGAGAGAUGACAAGAAGCGACAACAUCAGGCUCUUCUGGAUAAGAUCGAGUCAGUGCGUUUGAAAUUGGAGCUAAACAGCAGUAAGACUUCAAGGAAAAACUUCAGUGCCAAAGUCGAGGAGCUCACCGCUGAGAAGGAUCAGAAGCUGGAGGUGGUGAGAAGAUUGAACCAAGAACUGGAGGAGUUAGAUGGGAAACUGAAUAUGCUUACAGAGGAGCAGAAAAAUGAAAAGCUUUCUUGGGAGCAAGAGAUUGCUGCUUUGCAUCAGGAGGCGCAGAGACUCUCUAGACAAGUUGAAGAAUCCAAUCAGGCAGCUCUGAAGGAGGAGAGGGCUGCUCUAGAGUCUGAGCGAGAGCUGGCUGUUUCUCGGGUAGAAGACUGGAUUGCAGAAGCUGAACGAUAUCUAAGCAGUCUCAGGUCAGACACCUCACCUAAGAGCAAGAUGCAGCAAAAUGAAUGGGAGAAAAAUGUGGCGAUGACUCGCAGCAGAUUGGGGAAACUACAGUCAUUAUAUAAAGAUAAUCUUAAGCAGCUUCUCCAGGGGAAAGAGCUGGACAGUUUACCUAAAGUCCUCCCUCCUCUUCUCCCCCACAUCCCCAUGAUCGAUUUGCUGAAUUUCACGACAUGCCCUGCGAUUCACCCACCAGUGACCCAGCCACAGUUUCACCCCGCCCGUAGACACACCCCCCCUCCGCUUUCUACACACAACCCAGUGGCCUUCGCACCACACACCCUGGAGCAGAACAUGCCCCCCAUCCGCACCCCCACAAUGGCCUACACCCACCCUACAUGUACUUUACCGUACACUGCUGUCUCUGCAGCCCCGGUGAGCUCCAUGGGUAGUCUCGCACCAGGGGCCUCGGUAAGAAACCCCGCCUCCCAGGCUCUACCGUCAAACCCACAACCUGCAGGCAAGCUGGACAAACUGCUGGAGAAACUGGGCACACAGUUCCCACAAUGCACCAGAGCUCAGAUCAUGGGGGUAUUGCAGCAGGUUAAGAGUGAACGUGGCACCAUGGCUGGAAUGUCUGUAGAGGACAUUAAACAACAAGUGGAACAGAAACUGAGUGAACGGCUGCCUCCAGGCCCCAUAGCGCCCCCUGUAGGCUCCAGACACUCACACAGAGCUCAGGUCCAGCCUGCUCUGUCCACACGUCCCCCAGUCCAUGUUCCCAGUGCUCACACCUUCCAGGCCAGAAGCCCACAGGCUGCUCUUCACACCAAGGCAGCUCCGUCUGUACGCAAACUGUGUUUAAUGUGUCAGAACCACGUAGAACCCGGAACCCAAUACAUCACACACUGCCCUCAUACACUGCACAGAGAGUGCAUCAGUGUGUGGCUGCAGUCAAGCAAGAACAACUCCUGUCCUUUCUGUCCCAGCAAAUAAACCCGUGUGGCUCUUUCUUUCACACGUAUCUCUGCUGGUGCGUCACGUUUACAGAUACGGCGCGUCAUCGACGCCGAGGGAUUUCUAAACAAUAUUUGUAGAAAUAUUUCUUUUUUCCUGAAGCCAAUCAGGAGAUUUAUGUUAUGUUAAACUCUCUGUAAUGGAAUUCUCUUUAUUAUUUUUUUUUAAUAAAUUUAUAAUUAAUAAUUAAUGU